AUGAAUAUAUGUAUAACAUACACACAUUUAUUUUUCUUUAUACUAAUUGGUUAUGUAAGAUCUUCAGAUAAAUCUAUAGAUAAGCCAAUUGACAAUCGUUUGAAUCUAGUACCAUAUAGUGACAGCGAUGAUGAAAAUUUUGAGGUAACUGAAACUACUGAAAGACUAAAUAAAACUACUCUGAAUGAAACUAGUGAAGAAGCAAAUAUUCAAACAUUGACAGAACCUCUACCACAACCAUUUCAACCAAUACAUCAACCUCUGCCAGAACAAUAUAUUGAGUAUUAUAACCCAUAUCAACUUUAUCAUUAUCCUAUUCCUGCACCAGUAGAACAUUAUCAACCUUUACAAUAUGGAAUAUCUCAGACUUUGCCAGAACAACCUCUAGAUUAUGUUCCUCAAUCUCAAUUUUAUCAACAAACAGUGCAAUACAAACCAGUACUUUACCCACUUCCACCUCAAUCUCAAGAAUUUCCACAUCCUUAUGUACCUAUACAACAACCUUACCAAACUGUACUGGAACAAUAUCAUCAUUAUCAACCUACUCAACCUCCACAGUAUCAACUAUAUGUACCACCUCAGUUACCAACACACCCAAUAGCACAAUAUCAGCCUGUACUUUAUCAACCUCAACCUCAACAACCUCCUCAAGGAUUUCAACCUCAACCUGUACAUUAUGAGCAACCAUAUCAACCAUCUUAUCAACCACAUCAAUAUCCAGGAUAUCAACCACCACAGCAACCAAUACAACCUGUACAACACCAUUAUCCUCCACCACAAAAAGAAGAAAAUGAAGCUGUUACUUAUCCUGAAAAGUUACAGACUGAAGAAAGUAAAAUUACUGAUAAAAGUGAUGAAUUAACUAAACCUACUCCUCCUACUGAACCUGAACCUACUGAAGAGCCUACUAAAACUAAACAACCAUCUACACCUACAACUCAAACUAUGGUUUAUGAAUCAAGUAAAUCACAUAAAAAGAGUAAAAAGGCUAAAUUUGUACCACAAGCUCCAAAAUCUAGUUUUUUAAGGGGUCACGUAUCAUAUAAUUCUGUUAUACCUGGAUAUCCCAGGUUAUCUCGACCGGUUUUACUACAUCCUAGACCUACUGUACCAUUAAGGCAUCCUUCAAAUCCUGGACCUGGUAUCUUAGGUCCAGCUCCUGGUACACUUAGAUUUCCUUCUCAUAUACUUUACAAACCGGGACUUCUGGAAAAUUUUCUUGAACCUAGAGAACCAACAACUCAAUCCAGCUCAGAUCAAUCUGAAGAAUCUACAGAGCCCACUCAACCUACAGAAACUAUACAGCCUACUGAAACUACUAAAGAACCUACUACUGAAUCAUCAAGCCAUCAACCAACUCAAGAAGAACCUACUAAAGAACCUACUAAAGAACCAACUCAACAUACUCAAUUAACUUCAGAACCAGAACAGUUACAGCCUGAAACUAUUCCAGUAGAAAUUGGAUCAGAUGAAGAUGAAGAACCUCCAGAAACACCAAGUGGACCUGGAGAUGGAGAUCAACCUCCAGAUAAACCUGAAGAAGGAGAAGGUGAGGAUGAAUCAGGAGAUGGAGAGGAUGGGGAAGAAAAAGAUGAAAAACAUGAAGUUGAAGACAUAAAAAAAUGUAAAGAAGUCAAAUUCUUAAAGAAGGAUCAGUAUGGAAACUUGGUUCGAAUGACAGAAAAAAAAGACUACAAGCUAAAACAUACAGGAUUCAACAAAAUAAAAUAUGAAAUAAUAGCAAACCUUGAACAAAUUCUAUGUGACGAAGAGGUUAUAUUUGAACAUAAAUCUGAUUUCCCUUAUACUAAAAUUUUAACUUAUAAUCGAACAGAAAAUGCAUUUGUAAUUAGUCGUAAAGGCGGAUUCGUGUUAAUUAAAAGAGUUAAUGGUAUAUGGAAACAAAUUGGGCGAAGGAUUCCCAGCUACAUAAAAAUGUAUAGUCAAGAUUCACAUGGAAACUAUGUUGAAUUAACGAAAGAAUAUUAUUAUAUUGAAAUGAGCCCCAGGGCUUCCAUUAAAUACACAUUUAUAACCGGUUUGGGUUGUAAAUUGAUAACUUUAAGAGGGGAAGUAAUCUGGACUAAAACCAACAUAGAUGAUUUUCCAUUAGCAUUUUCUUAUACCAAUCGGUUUGGUUUUUUAAUUUAUUUCCCAACUUAUGUUAGGACAUAUGUCAGAAAAAAUGGAACUUUUAAACUAUUAUAUACUAAAAAAAUUUCUGGAGCAUAA